AGCGCUCGGGGGGCCACCGGCGGCUCGGGGAAGGGCGGCAGCUCGGAGCUGGCUGCCUCGCCCAGCCGGUCCAGCGCCUGCGUUUCAGGCCCGGCCCAGCCCUGCCCUGUGGAGCUGAGGCGAAACUUGCUUCUGCCGAGGUGGGCUCGGCGUCGUCGUCGAUGCCGCUUCCUGCCGGUGCCCUUCGUGCAGCGACGGGGCCCGGUUUCGCACGGGCAGUCGCCGUGUUUUCUUUCACUGUUGCGCUGUCCACCCAGCCUGUCCGGUGCGUUCACCAGCACCGUCCUCCCCUCAGUAACUUCUCUGCAAACUGUUGGUCCCACCUUCAUCCUGUUAACAUGUUCAACAGUUACAAUGUUAAGUUCUACCACAGCAAAGCUCUCACCUCCCCCUAUCCAGGAUCACAUGUUGAGCGUAGUCAAGUGCCUGAAGAUAAAGUGGGCUGGCUAAUUGAGUGGAAAGAUUAUAAUCCUGUGGAAUACACUGCAAUGUCUGUUUUGGCUGGACCCAGUUGGGCGGAUCCCCAAAUCAAUGAUAAAGGUUUUUCUCCCAAAUUCAAUGAGAGAGAUGGAGAAGUGGAGAGGAGGAGUCUGAAUGGCUUGUAUGUGGUUGAAAAUGGGAGGCCCCGAAAUCCGGUGGGAAGGACUGGCCUCGCAGGCAGAGGACUGUUAGGGCGCUGGGGACCAAACCAUGCUGCUGAUCCUGUUGUAACUAGGUGGAAGAGGGACAGAAGUGGCAAUAAAAUUGCUCAUCCAGUUACUGGCAAAAACAUCUUGAGGGUCUCUUCAACUCUGCUGUAAUUCUGUCUCGAAUCCUGCUGUGUGAUUGCCCAGUCGCUCAGCCUCAUGGGGUCCUUCAGCAGUUUUUUUCAUGCUUAGUCCAAGUCCGUCCUUGUUUGCAUACCUGUGCGUUGUCAGCAGACUUUGUCCCCUGCCUUCCUCUUCCAGGUCAUUUAACGAAAGCUGAAUGGCACAAGUUCUUUCAACUCAUGGACUCCACAGGAAUCUUGCACUGUGAAGCAGAAGUUCCCAAGCUGGGAACCCGUGGUGGUCUGACACACCCUGAAUGUCCUGUUACAUGACUGUUAAGUGAGCAAAAAGGAAACCGUUUUUGUGUCAUUUAGCACAUUUAGCAACCAUUUGUGCUGCCGCAGCACAAACUUCUACCUGUUGCCACCCAAGAGCAGGAGGAGCUGGAUGACGAGAGCUCUCCCUUUUCUGAAGAACCUCAGUGUGGAGAACAACACAAAAUUCUCAGAUUUGGAACCUGAGCUUGAUGAAAACACCUCCUCAGCAGAGCAGCUGCACUGGUUAUUAAAGACAUGUGAGAGGACAGAUCCGUGCUUUCCAUGGUAGAGCUAAGCAAUAGAGCCCUUCUGAAGCAACUUUCCCAGCCUCAGUGACCUCAGUCUUUGCUGUUGACAUGAAGAAACAAACACUAAUAAGCAGCAGGUGCUCAGCUCUUUCUAGAACUACACUGGUGCUGCUGGUUCAGAGAAACUGUUGUUCACAAGCCCAAGGGAAAUAGCAAUCUGUGAAGAAAAAGUGUGCUAUUGUUCUCCCUCUCCUUCCCAAUCAGCCUGUAGAGCAGUUGAGUUCUCCACUGAGAACACUUAGCUGCAGAAAGUGGAUCACAAGGACCUAUGAGAGGGCUCAAAAAAAUCUUUGUGUAUGGUAUCUGCUGUUGUCAUUAGAAGGAACCACUGCUAUUUCAUUACCUUGUUAUAUGUUCUUCUCAUACUAAAAUAUUUCAGAUGGGUGGUUGUUUAAAAAAUAAUAUUCUCUCCUGCAGACAGUUACACAUUAUCUAGUUACUAUAGGCAUAUAGAUGUCAAAUCUGGACUGAUAAAUGAGUAUAGUGAUGUCAAACACUGAAGAUAAUACAAAAUAAAUGAAACUAGGUUGAAUGUGAACGUCUGUCCAGCUGUCAUUCCAGGGUUUCUCUAGGCUGCGAAACCAUAUCAUUUACUACCAUGAGUGCAAAAUGCAGUUCCUUAUAAAAUAAAACUUAAUCUUGAAUCAGAUGUUACAAGUCUGAGGGUUCUAUACUCAGGUAGUUAGCAUUGAUAUGUUCCCCCUUCCUGCCCCUUUGUUGUUUUCUUUUGCUACUUACAUUUCAGUUAGUAAAGCAAUGCUUAGAUGUGAUGGAACAAAAAUCAUUUUCUGAUUGGUCAGUAUUCCUUCCAUCAGGGCCUCUACAACUUCUUCAAUCUCCAAAACCUUUCCAAGCCUACACAGGAAAGCAUACAUGUAAGAGCUACGGCGGUAAAACAGAGGUGGUACUAGCUGAGGUAGGAUGCUUCACAUACGCGCAGACUUGGGUAAUUCCAAUGCAACCAUUAUGUAGGUUAAAUGACACUGCAGAUUUUCUUUAGCCAAUCCUGUAUACCAGUUUAUCUCCAGUAUUAUAUAGUCAGGCGGAAUACAAGGCCUAAAGCUGGGGCUAAUACGUAGUGCCUUGAUGCAAAGAAGGAAGGACAGGAAGGCAGAGUUCUGAUAGUUACCUUGUACUGGGGUUUUUGACAAAUCCGGUGUUUAUAAAAAUUGGACAAAGACACGUAGUUUUUAUUCCGUCCUUUCCCAGGGUAGACAGCUCCUCUGUCAGAGCUUUAUGAAAUCCAACGGCAGCAAACUUGCUUGAACUGCAGGAAGGGAAAAAGCACAAAUGAGAAGGCAGAAAUACUAUUUCUAACUUUCUACAGCUAGAAAUGGCCUAAAAGAUCACACGGUACUGACUAGGAGGCAAAAAAAAUGUAAUCCAGCUAAGAGGAGAGGGAAGGGAAUAAUUCUAACUUUCCCAGAGUGUAGUGCUGGAUUAGAUAUUGCUGCUUGGGGGAGUAAUGGUGGCAUGCAGAGCGGGUGUCUUUCAGAAAAAGGCACCUUAGUUGCAAACAGACAGAUGAAUGUCAGGAAUUCUUAGAAAAUGAUAAGUAAUGUGCAUCCAUUGAUGGACUUCCCUUUUUUCCCAUGUGAGAAGAUGCUUCGAAGGAACACAGCCUGAAUCUCUAAAAUCAAGAAGGAUGGGCAGGGUAGAAAUGGAGAGCAACUCUCUACUGUUUCUUGUACCACACAGGAGUGUCUCAUGGCUUUCGUGUGUGAGUUUUGAAAUAGAGGAGCAUUAUGCAUGGAACAUUGAGGAAAGUAAUGCCACAGAAACUGGUGCAGGCCAGGAGUAUAAAUCGACACCAAAUGGAAGUAGAACCAGAGAAUCAGUUUAUUGACUGCUAUUGAUUUGGAAAGUGUAAUCCCAGUAAAAUCCCUGGCUGGGGGGUUCUCAUGUUGCCAACAGCGAGUGACUCUCUAAGGAGUGUUCCCAGGGGAAGACUGGUCCACCUGGAGCUGCUAUUACAGAGGGCUAGAUGAGACGCAGAAUGACAAUAUGCAAUCUAACAGUUUUUCUGUUCAGGCACCGUGAUUUUCUAGACGUGUUUCAAGUAGAAAAGCAAUUUUAUCUCAGGAUGGCAUAAGUAUUUCUGUACACUACAGUCACUGCCACAAUGGUAGCAAGAUUAAAAAGCUACUCAAUAGGGGUUUACGUGACAACACUACAACACCUCACAGGAGUGCUACUUUCUAAGAAGGAGAAGGGAAGAGAAUACCUUUUUUGCUAAGCAAAAGCCUGGAUGGGUAAGGGAGAGAAAAAAAGAGCAGCUUUCAUCAGUUGAUGUAUCACAUGACUAUUCCUUCAUACAAGCAUUGCUCCUGAUUCAGUCAGAGCUGACAAGCAAAUCGGCAGGAACCUCCAGGCAUCCUUCAGUGCUGGCUGUUGUGUUUUUUUCCUCCUUAGCACGGUCCUUUGGACAUACCGUAUUCAGUGGUAGGAUUAUUUUGUGUUAUGGGUUUGUGUGGCGCGUUCUUUUGGUAGUGGGGGAGGGGGCCGCAGGGGUGGCUCUUGUGAGAAGCUGCUAGAAGCUCCCCCGGCUCCAAGUCGGACCCGCCUCUGGCCCAGGCCGACCCAAACAGUGAUGGUGGUAGCGCCUCUGGGAUAACAGAUUUAAGAAGGGGAACCUGCACUGAGUAGGGGAAUUGGAAUGUGAGAGGAACACCUCUGCAGAUACCGAGGUCAGUGAAGAAGGAGGGGGAGGAGGUGCGCCUGAGGAGGUGGAUGCCCCUGCAGCCCGUGGUGAGAUGGCAGGCUGUCCCCCCGCAGCCCACGGAGGGGAGUGGGGGAACAGAUGCCCCGAAGAUGGCCAUGACUCCAGGGGAAAGCCUGUGCUGGAGCAGUGUGUGGCUGAAGAUCGGCCCACGGAAAGGACCCAUGCCAGAGGAGUUCGUGAAGAACUGCAGCCUGUGGGAAGGACCCACGCUGGAGAAGUUCAUGGAGAAAUGUCUCCCGUGGGAGGGAGCCCACACUGGAGCAGGGGAAGAGUGAUGAGUGCUCUCCCUGAGGAGGAAGGAGCGGCAGAGACAAGGUGUGAUGAACUACCCCAACCCCCAUCCCCUGUUCCCCUGCGCCGCCGGGGAGAGGAGGUAGAGAGAACCGGGAGUGGAGCUGAGCCGGGAAGGAGGGAGGGGUGGGGGGAAGGCGUUCUAAGGUUUGGUUUUACUUCCUAACAUCCUUGUUUUGAUUUGAUUUGUAGUAAAUUAAAUUGAUUUUGUUUCUUCCCCAAGUUGAGCCUGUCUUUUGCCCGUGACCAUAAGUCGUGAAUGAUCCCUCCCCGUCCUUGUCCCGACCCACGAGCCUUUCUUUGUAUUUUCUCCUCAUCGCACCGUGGCUGCGGUGGGGAGGAGUGAGCGAGUGGCUGCGUGGUGCUCUGCUACCGGCUGGGCUGAAACCACAACAUUUUGGUUGCUCUGUGCUUGCUGAUGGAGGAGACGCAAUUAAAAAUAAAAAAACGAAGAGAGCUGAUUUUAAAAUCACUUACCAAUAAGCCACCAUGAAAGAAGUCACAAAGUGACCUGCUGCCGAAGCCACCGUGACUAUGUGACCGUGGUUGUUGUUCAUCAUGGUUGGCAGAAAAGCUCUUGUGGUCUUGAGAGUCAUUUAAACCAAGAGGCAAAAAUGUGGGGGAGACGAGAGGGGGAAAAGAACAACGUUUUCUUAGGCAUAUUCAACACUGACCCUGACUAUCGUUAAUUAAGCGACUAAUGCUAUUGCUAACGCUAUGCGCUGUACAGCACCUCAGAUUCUGAGAGCCACAGAGAUACCCGUUCUCCAUUCAGCAGGUACACCUGGCAACCUGUUUUCCAAACGGGAAUGCUUCAGGAAGUUGGCUAUAAACAGGAGCCGAUUCUCACAUCUUUCCUGUGCUGCUUUUUAGGUUUCAGGUGUCAGCGGCAACGCUGCCAGUGUCUCACCUCAGCAUGUACCAUAAAAACACUCAUCAAUCUGUAGCUUCUCUUUUCUUCUGCUGCAAACAAGUCCUUAACAGCUGAAACCCUCCCACUCUGUAACUCCUGCUGGCAGCUGCCCUACCCCAGGAGUCAGCUGUGGGCAUGCCAAGGACCCACAGCCCAGAUCUGACAGGGCCCAGCUGUGCUACCGUGACUCAAGACUGCUGGGAGAAAGCUGUGAGAAAGUCCACAGAGAGAUGAGAGAGGUACAAAUCGUAAGGAGAGGCAGGACUGAUGGGAAACGGGCUCGGAAGGAGCUCAAGGAGCCAGGAGGGAAGGCGGUGACACAGCGGGGUACAAACCACGAGGGCAAGAGUGCCCAGGGAGAUUGGCCAGGCUGGUGGGUGCAGUCAGGGAGGGGCCGGGCCUUGCUGUGCCCUGUAGCCAGGCUGUGCUGGGAGCUGCGGGGCUGCCCCUCUCCUGCUCUGCCCGACCCACACCUGCCCAGCCAUUCGGGCCACGUACUGGCUGCCUUUUGUGCGGGUGAGCCGAUAAAAACAUUGGUUUGUGUUUUUCAGCUGCGUAUCUUCUACUUGCAGGGUCUCGGUGCUCAGCUGCGGGCACCCAAACUACCCAAUGUGAAGAGGAGCCCUAAUACCCCUCUGACGGAGACCCACCCAUGCUGCAGAUGAGGCCGUCGCUGGCUAGCUCAUGCAGAGGAAAGAGAGAAUGAAAAAACUGGGCCGGGCUCCGAUCAGCAAGAGGCUAAUCAAGUUUCCCAACAGUCAGUCUAGCUGGGUGCCCCUGUGCUAUACGUGUCUGAAAGACGCUUUUGUAAUUCACUGCUAGCUGAAAAUAACUGUUAGUCUAAAUAUGCCUCCUCAGCAACGCUCCCAAAAAAACGUAGGUGUGAAGAUAGUAGUGGCCCUUACCCAGAGGUGAGCAAGAAUGUUGACUUCAAACAUCCUUUCAAUCUGGUGGUCCUGAGUCGAGAGCAGGUCGGCAGCUGUAAUCACACCGGCGUUAUUCACCAGGAUGGAGACAUCCCCAAUGUCCUUCUUCACCUUUUGGACAGAAAAAAACAGAAAGGGAGAGGAAGAUUGCGCCACGUUUCCAGAUGUGGUAGGACCUGUGCAGUAGUACCAUGAAAUCUGGUUUAGAUCUGAGGCUUCUCCCUUAAUUACUGCCAGUACUUACAGUCUUCCACACAUUGCCUACAGACACAGUGUGCUCUGUGUAGUCACAGUUGGGACUAUGGAUGUGCAGACUGUUUUGAGCCAGCUGCACCAUAUCCUUUACAAUAAAAUAUUUCAAAUGUC